AUGGAGCGGAUCUGUGCAUAUAAGAUCAAAGGAGCAGGGAUGUUACGGUUGCGUUUAAGUUUGUUGUUUCAGUGGCCGCGCUCGCUGCCAGCCUCACGAGUUUCAAGGAGUUGCUACCCGAAUGAGGGACUCGAGCCCGUGGUGGAGGGUAGGAGCUUCGAGGUGGGUUGGCCGAUGUCGGUGGAAAAUUGGCCUUUUUCCGAGCUGGCAUGGCCCAACUUUUUCGAGGCUCCCCUUCGAGAAGCAGGACAAGGAGGGAAUUUUAUCGAAUCUCAUCAGCCGCCAAUUGAGGAGGCAAAGGGGAUUGGUCGCUGGACGCCGUGUCCUCUUGCCAACAGG